AGGAAGAAGGCCAAGAACCAAGAAAGGUGUUUUGUUUGGUCGCAUUUUUGGCUGGAAAAUUCAUCUUCCAGCGGCCAAAAAACAAGUGAAAAACCAAUCUACCCCAGUGCCAGGCGUGAGAGAAGUGGAAAAGUUGGCCGUGCCGACGUUUUCGACUGGAAAACUAGAUCGAAAAAGUGCACAGUGUCAAGAAGGAAUUGGUGGUAGAAGGGAAGAGGUCAAGAGACGAGGAGCUGCUCCCACUCCUCCUCCCCAUCUUCGUCUUGGGCCCAUGGAGUAUCGGAGAGAAAAUUCUUGCGGGUGAUUCGGUGUUUGACAAAGGCCAAAAAGUGAAACAAAUUGAACAGGAGGAGGACGCGUGUUGUUUGCGCAGAUUGUGUCGAUUUUUAUUUUUUGGUGGGGAGGUGGUGGUGUGUGCAGAUCGAUUGUGGCGUGAAAAAUCGGGAAAUUCCGUGCCGGAAGGAAUAAUCCGUGGUCGAAUAAUCCGAGAGAAUCCGUGCUCCCGAAAAUCGUGCCGCGGGGCCGAGGGGAAGAAACGCGGAGUAUGGAAUUGUGCGUGUCGUAAUGGAUGCGACGAGCGGUGGUGGGUGUUGGAUAAUUAACGCUAGAAGAACACAACAACACGGCGUCGGCGACGGCGGCUGCGGCCACUCGACAGCGCCACCGAAAUCAACCACGGCCACGACAACGGCGACGACGCUGGUAUACGGCGACGGCGACGGUGACGGCGGAUUGCUGCAACCACGGAGACGACGACGGCGGCGGUGCAACAGCAGCGGCACUUCUUGUGGUCGCGGUGCUGCGCGUACGGAAGGAAAAGCAAAAUUCAUCUCCACCUCCUCCUCCUCCUGUGCGACCGCUCUGCUGGUCCUGUGAGCGAGAUAAAGGAAGCCAAGAACCAAUAACUAGCGCGCGCGUGCUAGAAAGAGAGCAACGGAAGGAAGAGAAUUGGCCCCCUUCUUCUUUACGGCGACAGCGACGGCGACAGCGGCGGUGGGCUGCCUUUAUUAGGCGGCUUCUGGGGUGGACGACGACGGUGGUGGGAGGAGCGGCGGUAACCGAAUCAUCAUCACCAGACCAGAGGGUCCUUCAGACAGUGCAAUAGAGAGAGAGUGAAGUGAGGAAAAGGGACAGAGUGUAGACGACGCGUCUAGUGUGCAGUGUGCAGUGUGCAUCCCUACCGCGCGCUAUCGCACUCAACCCGCGCCCGGCUCCCCGUUUGCAUCGUCGUUGUUGGUCUGCUGUCCUCCGAGCGGACGGCGGCAACAGCAGCAGCAGCACGGGGCACCAUAACAGUAGUAGGCAGCAGCAGCAGCAGCAUCGGCAGGAGCAGCAUCAGCAGCAGUCGCAGCAACCGUUGUCAUCAUCUCGAACACGAUGAGCAGCAGCAUGCACCUGCUACUACGGCUCAUACUGCUCCGGUUGGUCAGUGGCAUGCUGCCGCCGCUGGAUGCUGUACUGAAGGCAAAACAAUCGCAAUCGUCGUCGGCGGCGGCGGUGGUGGCCGCGUCGACGGUGACGGCAUCGGAUGCGCUACACCAUCACACUCGCCACAGCCCGCUAGAUGACAUCGUUGCCCGGUACCGGUUGUCAGUGAAUGGCUCAACGGCGUCCACUCAUCGUUUCACGCAUCUUACGUACGAUCCGAGUAGACGUAUGUUUUAUGCAGGUGCUACCAAUCGGAUAUUGCAGUUGAACGAAAACCUGACGUUACUACGAGAGGCCGUGACGGGGCCGAAGCUCGAUUCUGCCCAGUGCCAUGCGGCCGGUUGUCCGCAGGACGAAGCGCUCGAGGGUGUACAGGAGACGGACAAUCACAACAAGGUGCUGCUGUACAAUCGGGACGGUGACACGCUGAUUGCCUGCGGUAGUGUGCAUCAGGGUGCGUGCGAGAUUUAUUAUCUUAGUGGCCGGUUUCCGGAAUCUGUGAAACCGAUCGAAGUGGCACUGGCCGCCAACGAUGAGAGUUCGUCGACGUACGCAUUCAUUGGCCCGAGCCGGUAUCAAUCGUGGAAGCGCGAGGAUAUCAUGUACGUUGGUACGACCUUUACCAACGUUGGUGACUAUCGGCACGAUGUACCGGCCAUCUCGUCCCGUCGGCUAGACGAUCUGACGUACGCCGAGUUUUCCAUCCAGCAAUCCAACAUUAACAUCGACGUCAAGUACCGGGAUCAUUUUCUGGUGAACUAUGUGUACGGUUUUAAUAGCAGCGAGUAUGCGUACUUUGUGCUGGUUCAGAAGAAAUCGCAUCUAGCCGAUGAGGCAGGUUUUGUGACCCGGUUAGCGAGGAUCUGCGUGAACGAUCCGAACUAUGAUAGCUACACGGAGGUAACCAUCACCUGUAUGGCGAAUGGAACUGAUUACAACAUUCUGCGGGAUGCGAAGCUGGCCCAGGCCGGCCAGAAGCUGAGCGCUGAUAUGGGCAUCAAGCGAGAUGACUAUCUACUGGUGGCCGUAUUCUCACCGGCGAAGGAAAUUACGGACGAACCCCAGAACCGGU